AUAGAUUAAACAGUACAGCUUGUAUCCAUCAUGGUCCGUCGCUCCAGCCGCUCCCAUCGUACCACGCGCCGGUUUGGUUACUCUUCUCGUUGGGAGCCAUACACCACCAGAAAGGCUUCUAAACUCGUACCGGCCCCAGGCAGAAGGAAUGUGUCUACAGAACCAGUCAUUAUUGAGAAGGCCAAAGAGACAGUGAAGCAGUUGAAAGUUAAGUCUGUGGACCUUUGCGCUGAUGCCAACAAGAAGGCACAUCAUACCGACCUUUAUGAAGUUGAUGAACUCGUUCUCCGCAGGGGUCAGGUCAUGAACAUGAGCGUGACCUUUGACCGGGCAUACAACAGCGCCAAGGACACUCUAAGUCUUGAAUUGCUGAUGGGUAAUAGACCUAGUGUGUCUUACGGUAGCCGUGUUCCCAUCAGCUUGGUGACCCGUGCUCCACCCCCGGAUGACUUUGGUCUGCAGGUCCUCAGUUCAAGCGGCAACACAGUGACCAUGAAAGUUUUCCUUGCCUCUGAUGCUCUGAUUGGUGAAUACCAGGUGGUCGUUUGCACUCGGACAGAAAAGGAGGAAGAAUAUCGCUAUGAAUACGACGACAAUAUCAUCAUCAUAUUCAAUCCAUGGUGCAAGGCGGACGAUGUGUUCAUGGAGAAAAAUGACUGGCGUAACGAAUAUGUGAUGAAUGAAGACGGUGCAUAUUUCUUUGGAACUAAGGAUAUACAAGGAAGGUCUGAUUGGUACCAGGGGCAGUUUGAAGCAGUAUCGCUGGAGUGUGCCCUUCAGCUUUUGCAUAAGUCUGGUAUCUCAUAUCGUCAUCGUUCUAGUUCUAUAGAAGUCUGUAGGGUUCUUUCUGCUAUGACCAAUAGCCAGGAUGAUGACGGUAUUCUGGUUGGUAACUGGAGUGGUGAUUAUGAAGGAGGAACAGCACCUACGGCGUGGGAGAGUAGUACUAGUAUCUUGGAAGAGUACAUGGCCACCGGGUCUCCUGUCUGUUAUGGACAAUGCUGGGUCUUUGGAAGUCUUCUUACGACCUUGUGCCGUACCCUGGGCAUCCCCUGUCGAACCAUCACAAACUUUGAGUCGGCCCAUGACAGCGACGCUAAUCUCACCCUAGAUUACCAUUUUGAUGAAGAAGGAUUUUCCAAGAGUGAUAUGGAUGAUGAUAGCAUCUGGAACUUCCAUGUAUGGAAUGAUGUAUGGAUGGCUCGCCCUGAUUUGCCUGAUGGAUAUGGAGGAUGGCAAGCACUGGAUGCUACGCCUCAAGAAACAAGCCAUGGUUCAUUCCGAAUGGGACCAGCUUCGUUGAAAGCUAUCAAGCAGGGUGCAGUAUACUUGGAUUAUGACACCAAGUUUGCUUUCGCUGAAGUCAAUGCUGAAACGGUCUACUGGACUGUACCCAAUAAUCCUCGUUCGCCUCCUGAAGUAAUUACUACAGAUCCAUCUGGAGUUGGAAAGAAAAUCAGUACCAAGUCUGUUAACAGUUACCUUCGUCAUGACAUCACUGAGGAGUACAAGUACCCAGAAGGUUCAUCUUUGGAGAGGAUCUCGGUGUUCAAUGCAAGCCGUCACGUCAAGAAGAACAAGAACUUCCGCAAAGACAUCAAACAAGAUGUGGAGUUCCAGAUUGUCAUGCCGGAUGAAACCAUGAUCGGAAGUGAAUUCUCAGUCAAGGUGAUUGCAACCAACAAGAGCAAUACAACCCGAUCCGGUUCUGUGACCCUGACAGGAAGUACUAUCUACUACACAGGGGUCAGGAAGACCAAGGUCUAUUCCUCCAGGAGGUCAUUCAGCAUGAAAGCUGGAGAGACUGAGACUGAGACAUACACCUUAGAUGUUAGUGAUUACCUGACUGAGCUGACCGAGUAUUCUGGUUUUACUUUCUUUGCCAUGGCACGUGUGACCCAGACACAACAAGUCUUCAGCUCUAAGAAGGACUUUGUGCUUACCAAACCUACCUUGGAUCUCGCCACCUCUGAUGUCUUGAAGGUUGGCAAACCAUUGAGUUUGUCCAUCACAUUCACUAAUCCCUUGGAUAGGUCUGUCCUUAAUGGUCAGUUCCGCAUUGAAGGACCUGGAAUAGAAGGAUUCAAGGUGGAUAAAUUCAGAGCAAUCAAGCCACAUGAGACUGUGACUCACAAAGUGAAGCUUGUUGCAAAGAGGGCAGGCAAACGCAAGUUCCUUUCCAAUUUCAGCUCUGAUGUCUUGAUCGGCCUCAAAGGAAACACUACCCUUGAAAUUUCUGCCUAGACUAGACGUUAUGCAUUCCAUACCCAGGGCCUGGUUCCACAAAAGUUGUAAAAAUGAUUGUCAUUGAUACUUGUCUAUUGAGAACAAUAUCCAACAUUGAACUCGAUUGAUUACAAACCGUUAUGAAAUAGGUCCUCGGUAAAGUUAAAAUACAAUAUGGAUGUGAUAGAUUGCAUUUUUAUGGUGAAAUAAAUUUCAUAAUCCUGAUUACAGUCUAUUGAAAUAAGUUCUGUAUGUUUUAUGCAUUCUAUUCAAAUCAAGGUAUGGUGUUGUCGGGGACCAUGUAUAGUACAUUGAUCAUCACAAAUCUGAAACAUUCCAAGUCUUUAAAUGGUAACCAUUUUUUUUAAGAAUUGAUUUUCAAUCUCUAUAAUAAACAUAUUCAUUUAGAUAUGUUGUAUCUGUUGCUUAGCCAAGGAAAUUUCAUUUUUACUUUCAUAGUCUGUAAACUCACCUAAAAUAGUGAUACAUCCUUUUGAUAAAAUAGAUAACAACUGCUGUUCUUUUUUAAUGUUUAGGCUGCAAUCUUAUAUAUGUCAUUUUUCCUAUUUUACAAAGCUGAAUUCAAAGCAGGAUUUGAAGAAUAUAUGCAAAAGAAACGUUACAAUGAUACAAUCCAGUCAAUUAAGUGUGUUGAAUAUAUAUAUUAUAUUCAGGGUUAGAAGUAGGAAGCUUCGAGAUAUGAAAUAUUUUCGAUUCAAUGAUGUUCUUAAUAUUAUUAAAUGCGUGUGGGUGAUUUAGGUGUAUUUUUAAUGGCAAUGAGAUUUCGCACAAAGUGUGAUGCACAGUUUUUUGUGUAAAUUUAGUGUAAUUCUUGUAGUGUCAGGUAUUUGGCAUUAGUGCAAAAUAUAUAGCAAUAGUAUAUGCAAAUUCUGGUUCAGGAAAAUUCAGGCAAAUUUUUAUAUGAACCUGAUAUUUUUGGUACGCUGGCAACAAUCAAGUUUAGUGACGUGUGUAGGGUUGUAUUUCUCAUUGUGUCAUUUUACUGCUAGAUCAUGCAAGUAUUCUUAAGUACUGUGACUAUGUUUUUAACGCAAGUGAUAAUAUUGGUAAAUCUUAUAUUUGAAUAUGUUGAAGUUUAGUAGUUUUAAUAGAUCUGUGUGAUGACCAUGUUUUUUUCUGUUAGAUGUGAUUUUUUCUGAUUUCAUUACUUCCUGUGCACUCGUUAUAAUCUUUAUUUUUAAUGAAUAAAUAGAAUGACCGACUGUCCUUUGAAUAUAAGCUAUUCAAUUGGAACACAAUUCCGUUGCAGAUUAAAUUCAUAUCUGUUCCUGUGAAAGAAUUUCAUGAAUUGAAAAAUAUUUUAAUACCAACAAUAUAUGAGAGCAUUAUAGUGUUAAUUAUUUUAACCAUUGUCACCUUGUUGAAAAAAUGAAUGAAGCCUGGGACUUUUAUAAUGUAUAGCCUGUUUUUAUUACUCCUUUUCGAAGCAGCUGUUAGGUUCCUUUUUAAACUACGCAUAUAUUAACACUGUGCAGCUGGUCCACUCAAGCAUUCUCUUAAAAACGUUCAACAACAGUAUUUUAAAUUGUAGAAUAUAGUGUCUUUAUAGAUAGGCACUGUGUGUGCUAUCUAUAACCCUAUAAACAUCUACUUUAUUAAGGUUUUUUAAAAAAAGAAAAAGAAUAUCUUUUAGAUAGUGAAUACACAAAAAAGUUUGUAUCUUUGUUACAGAACACGAAUAGUGCGUGGUUUGAUUGGUGAAGGGGACCAAUAAAAUAAAAUUAAAAAUCUGCAAA